ACCAAUCAAAAUCAUACAAUGUCAUCGGUAAGUUUUUGUUACUAGAUUUUAUACUUCAUAACAGCAGGAGUCAAGUGCUGUAAAAAGUUGCCCCGUAAGUCACUUUAGUGUUGUUAUAUUUUUCUAGUCCUUCGGGAUCAUUGAUGCAAACACUAUUAAGUGUUGAGAACUGAGUACCGCUCGAACCGGUGUUAGGGGGUGUGAGGGAUGUUGUACCUAUUCAUUAUCCCCCAUAUACAGACUCAAUCAAACCGAGUCUGCAAUUUUCAUGUAAUUUUGUUGUGAUUAAUGCUUUUGAGGGAUCACUUUGUUUACAGAUUUUUUUAUCUAUAGAUAAGAGAAGAUUAAUAUGAAAAUAUUUCCUAAUUGAUCACAAAUGUUUUAACAUGUGCACUUUUGAGGUAAUGUAAACGAACUUGUUAUAUUUUCGUAUUCAAAAAAGAUUUAAGUGACAAUAGUUUACUUAAAUUAAUGAUCGAGGAAAUGUAGAUAUUUGCAUUCUUUGAACGCCGCAUUUCCUUGUUGAUCCUGUUUGUCAUAUUCUAGAAUUUUAGAACUAAUAUAGAAACUUGUUUCAAACAAUGUGUUGAUAUGUGAUUACUAGUGUAGCGUUUAUAUCAUACGUAGUUCAGUUUCCCCACCUUUUAGGGAUCGAGGCAAGUAUUUGGGCUGAAUUGAUGAGAAUUGAAGAGCAUUAUAUGGCAUUUCCAAGAAUUCUUGUGAUGGCAGAACGCGCAUGGCAUCAGGCUCCGUGGAAAGAUAUAAAUGAUGAAAAACAAAGAGACAAACUAAAGGAAAAUGACUGGGACGAAUUUGUUCAAACACUCGGUUUUAAAGAACUACCAAGACUUGAAAACAGAGGAAUACGUCAUAGAGUUCAACCACCUGGCACAAUACUAGAAGCUUGUGUCCUGAAGGCCAAUAGUAUGUAUCCUAACCACAUAAUAGAAACAAGUUUAGACAAAGGGCGAACAUGGGCUCAAUUUUGCGACAUGACACUGCAAGCCGGAUCGCAUUAUGUGCAGCUGAGAACUAGGUCAGCAAUUGUCUUAAAGUCCAAACGAUCGCAAUUUUAUAAUGUCAAACGUCCAUUAUUCUACAAAGAACGAGCAGGCCGAUUUAUAUUAAACUACAGGUAG